GAGUGCGGUGCGGGUUAAGAUGGCAUACAGCAAGAGCUACUGGGCAUCAAUAUAGCAUUAUUUUUCUCACACAACAAUAAUUACUAUUUUUGCAUUAUUGUAAGAGGUAGGUUAAGGGUUUGUGGUAGGUGUAGACGUUAAUAAAACAUCUAAUAGGUAGAAAAUUCUAUUAAUUGUUAGCUUCCGGUUUUUGCUGUAUUCCUUCCAGCGCACAACCGGUCUGAACAAUCUGUUCACGAACCGGAUACAGAUUGUUAAAGACACUGGACAUAUGUGUGACAUGACAGCUUUAUCAGUAAACUUACUAAACAGAGAUGGUUUCCACAAAUAGUAUUUUAUGUAAAAAAAAAAAAAAUACAACUAUUUUGACGGCGUAGUGGUGUAAAUAGGUUUUGACAUAAAAAAAGAAUUGCUGUACUGUUUGAACCGUUCAAAAGAACCGAUUUGUGGAAUUGAAUCGGACCUACGAGCCAUGCGUACUAAACUUCCGGCUAAUCAAGUAGCCUACGGGGAUAAACGCUGUCAGUGCUUUCACACCAAAGGAGCACGUAUAGGCGCCUAUUUUGUGAAAACACAAGGUGACAGCUUGUGAAUGACUCCGGGCUCAGUGGAUGAACAUCUUAUAACCUCAAGACGCUGUUCACUGCACCAUUAUAGCUGCACCAAUGCUGGCUUUUGGUUUAACGAUAGUCCGACAUGGUGAGACGCAGUGCAACAAAGAUGGACUUUUACAAGGUCAGAAAAUAGACUCCCCGCUUUCUGAAAUUGGGAUACGGCAGUCUGAGGCUGCUGGUCAGUACCUCAGGGAUGUAAAAUUCACAAAUGUGUUUGUCAGUAACAUGAAACGUGCCAAGCAGGUAAGCAGAAACAUACUAGCAGGAAACAGAACCUGUCACGAUAUAGAACUAGUAGCAGAUCCAUCACUUAAAGAGAGAAGUUUUGGUAUAGCUGAGGGAGGUCGAGUUAUAGAAAUGAAAAAUAUGGCUAAAGCAGCCGGGCAGCCUUUACCAGAGUUCACUCCACCAGAGGGAGAGACCAUGGAGCAGGUAAAGGUGCGAAUCAAGGAUUUUCUCGAGGUUAUGUUCCAGCGAAUAGCUAGUGACCAUCAAGACAAAAUACAAGAUGGUGAAACAUCCAUACCAGAUGAGACCGAUAGGGCUCUUGCAGGACUUCCAGAUGAUGGAGUCUUGAAUGUGCCUGUCCAUGCCUUGGUGGUGGGCCACGGGGCUUACAUGAGCAUAGCGAUGAGGUAUUUCUUCGAGGACGUCAAGUGCCCCAUGCCCCGUGGUUUAGAUGCUGCUCAACAGUAUUCCAUCUGCCCGAACACCGGAAUGUGCCGAUUUAUUAUCACUUUGAAAUGUAGUAAUGCAGAUCUUGCGCUUUCAGACUUGAAAUGUGUGUUCAUCAACAGAAGAGAUCACAUCAAGUCUUAGGUUAAGAGCAACAGUUUAAAAAAUGAAAUGGUAAAAUGUAAAAAAGCAACAAAAUGUUUACUUGUGUUAUGCAAAAAGUCAUUCAAGCACUUUACCCCAAUUUCUCAUACAGAAUUUAGUUAUGAAUUUAACUUAUGAAUCCUAUAUUAUAUAAUUUUUAUAUGUGUGAUUACUACUUAGACACUGGCAGUAUUAAAUAUUGACUCUUAAAAGUGUUUAAUAUGCUGUAAGGGCGUGUUUGUGGUAGUUAUUGAUUUAAUUUAAAUGCUAUAAAAGUAUACAUUUUAGCUUAAUAAAUAUGUCAUCCAUGUGC